UCAGAAGCUCCAGCAUAGGUUUUAAUUCAGAGCGUCUCGAGCACCGAGAAGACACCACCUGGGCACGUGCUGACGUUAUAAGUCUGGACAAACAUUUCAUCGUGGACAUUUGCGUUCUUGAGAUUAAUGAGUUAACAAAACUGUUGACAAAACUGAGAAACGAGGAGAAUAACAGCGAGUUCCACAUAAGACUUUAGCCUCUCCUCUAGUCAGGAAGCCAGAUCUGCGGCCCUGCCAUCAGCAGCAUGAACUAUUAUUCUUCUCAGCCUUCACGUCGUCACAAUCCCGUGGACAGCAUCUGCCGCAAACUUCAGACCAUUCAGUGGCGUGGUGACCGAGAACCCAAUUCACCUUUCCAAAUUCCCAAACUUUCUUCCAGCAGUUACGAAAGCCCGCAGUGUGGCCUCAGGCACAACCUGGAAACCAUCCUGAAGAAGGGGGCCCUUCAUAGAGACAAGGGGGAGAAGGUGAAGGAGAGAGAGAGAGGGAUGGGGAUGCCAAGCUCGGCAGCUUCCCCAAGGAGUGGCCUGGAUCCAUCUUUCCCUCUCUCAACCCCCACAUGCAGCCCUUCCACCCCAGUGAACGUCACAUACACUAUUACAAGCACUCUAGGAGAGAGGAAAAGUGCUGAUGGGACAGAUUUAAGGCAAAUUAAGACAUGGCAGAGACAUUGUUCAACACCAGCAGGACAGUCUAAGGACUCCACCUUUUUCACAUUCACACGAGGACCUCACUCAGUACAGUCUGAAAGUGACAGAACAAGCACAAGCCCACCUCUGUCUCAUACCUUCACCCCGAGCUACAGCACCAUCUCCUACAAUCUCAAGUUUUGCUCUGCAGAUGCAACAAAUUCAAAUGAGUGUGAGCUAACUUACCCAGCUCUGGUGGUGAAAAGGCUUUCCAUGGGGGAUGAAGGACCCUCAGUUGCCUCUGAAAACAGGAAGAAUAUGGCAGAAAUCAGUCUCAUCUGUGAAGAGAAUCUGCUCGAUACCAUAUUUCAUGCCUGUGACACACAGCGCAGAGGGAAGGUUUUUGUGUCUCAUAUUGUGGAUUAUCUGCGACACACCACCUGUCGAUCCUCAGAAGACAGUGGACUGGAAGAACUUUGCAACAUGCUGGACCCUGAACACAAAGAUGUCUCCAUCGAUCUGGACACUUACCAUGCUGUCAUGAGGGAGUGGAUUGAUGACUGCCGCAAUAACGGAGAAGAACCAGCAGAUGACAUCAACAAGGAUGACUCAGCAAAACUCAGAGACAGCGUGUCGGCCAGGAGGUCCACACUGCUAAAUAUGACCUCAGGAAGCUUGGAGGCCUUUGGAGGAGAGGCAUCCAAAGCAGAAUUUGAAACAUCAGAGCUUGUAUACUGUGUGGCUGACCUUCAGAUGAGUAAUCAUAAGCUUCAGGAGGAGGUAAGAAAGCUGAAGCAGGUGGUGGAGUGCAUGGAAGAGGGCAACCAGAAGCUUGCAGAAGAAAAUGAGGAGCUACGCAACCAAGCCAGGGUAAACCAACAGCUUGCACAGAAGGAGAAGAUGCUGAAGGAGGAGGUGGAAGAGAUGAAGGCCACUCUGAGCUGUACAGAAGAAGGCAGAGCACGUGCCUCAGCACACAGCAAAAAUGUGGAAAAAGAAAACCAGAGUCUCAUUGCCAAGAUUGCAUCUCUUCAGGAGGAGAACUUCAAGAUCACCAUGGAGACAGAUGAUCUUCAGAGGAAGAUAAAAGAGCUAUUUGACAUUAAUGCUGGCCUUCAGGUGCAAAUUCACUCUUUUGAUGCCAUCAUAAGCGAAAAGGAUUCUGUGAUAUUAGAGAAGGGCAAACAGAUAGAUGAGCUGAAGGCAGCAGUGGAUGAAUACUCAGCCAUCACAGAGCUGUUAAGGGUGGAAAAAGGCAAACUGGAGAACCAGAUCCAGAUGAUCCUACCAGACCUGGCUGGGACUAGUCUGUCCUUGACGGGGGCUUACAGGUUGAACCAGAGCAGCUUAGGAUCCCUACAAACAGAGCUGGCUCUGGCACAGUUGCCACUGGAGGGAGUUGAUCCGUUACCAACCACUAUGAGCUUGGCUUCAUCAUUGGAUGAAACGCUGGACAGAGAGGUGUUGCUGAUGCUGCAGGGACCCAACCCUGAACACAUGGCUCUGGAGUUCAAAAACCUUCUAAACAAACUGAAAAUGGAUUUCAGUGAAGAAACCAGCUCUGUUUUGUCUACUGUUAGAGGCUUGUUGGAUGACUGCAUCAAGAAAGGUGUCACCACUGACACUAGCCUCCAGAGUGUGGAGGCUGAACUGGACGCUAGGAGGGCAGACUGGGUGGUCAGCCUGGACCAGCUCUCCCAGUACACAGACUCAUUAGAGCACGAGCUGAUCAAAAUGGCCAGUAAUAUGAGGAGAUCCCGAACUGAGAUCCUCCACCUGUCGGCCAGGGUGCAGGAGCAGAAGUACCAGAAACGACAGCUGUGUGAGGAGCUGGAGCAGCUAAAGACACCUCAGGACAGCAGAGAGGCCUCUUGCCAAACACCUGCAUCAGAUGAGGAGCCUGGAGAUGACUUGGACUGGGAUGAGGAGUUUGCUCUUCAAGACUUUUUGAAAAGUGAACUAUCUGAGAGAAACUGCUGGGCACAGAACAGUCGAAGAAGCGAGAGGCCUGAGGAAACGGCUGACAAAUUUACAGACAGGGGUGAAGAAGAGGAUGGAGAAGAGAGGUGGAUGGUGGUGGAAACAGCAGGACAUGGGGAAGUAAGGGAUUCAUCAACUCCCCUUUUUGCUGUCUCAGUGGAGGCCCAGACUGAACAGGACAUAGUGGAUGGAGGUCAAGACUCUUCACCCUGCACCGAAUCUGAGGUGGAUUGUCAACCUUUGCAGGAGGAUGCAGCAGUACCACUGAGCGCCCACUCACAAGCUGUCAGCAUAAGACACCCAGAGGCGGAUGCUCACCCUGAUCUGUCCCACUCACAGAACAACAGUGUAGAGGUUUGUGAGAGGACCAGGUUUCCCCCCUGUGAUCCAGCACAGAAUCUGACCACAGCAUCUGAACAGGACCAAACCAUCAAACCUGUUGCCAUCCCACCCACAGAAGCUGAAAUGGUUUCUCUCAGCAGCACAGCACAUGGACCUGAUGAGACAGUUACCCAGAAUGAGAGCUACCUGCCAAGCAGUGGAGAACACAAAGAAGAGAAAGGAGAGGCAGACCUGAGUGCAGCAGAAAUGAGCCAUCACAAGAGACUAACCCGGGACCAUUCUACAGAGAGAUCAGUAGCUGAGGACAGCACAAGCCUGUUACCUGUGCUGGUGGAGGAAGAGGAAAGUGUCCAGGACAAUACAGGUGUGCCUCCAACAGUUUCAGCUAGUGUGGCAGGGACAGACCGGCUCAUCAGCAGUGGUCCAAACUCCUUUUCUAAAAGCAGCUCGCCUCCGUCAGGGUCACCUUUCAUACCUGACAGUCAAUCAGGAAGUGGAAUGAACAGCGCGACCUCUGACCCCAGCCAUCCCGAGGAGCAGACACGCAGCAUGGAGGUCACUGAGAAGCUCAUGGCUCAGGAUGAACAAACUUUAGCUGAGACGUCGGUUAUCUCUGACACCAAUGAUAUCAAAGAGGACAAAAACAGUUUGUCACCGAGCGACAAAGAGAUUGAGGCAGAGUUCCAGCGCCUGGCACUGGGGUUUAAGUGUGACAUGUUUACCCUGGAGAAGAGGCUCCGUCUGGAGGAGAGGUCACGGGACCUUGCUGAGGAGAACGUCCGCAGAGAAGUGUCCAGCUGCCAGGGUUUGCUGCAGGCUCUGAUUCCUUUGUGUGAAGAUGACAACCAGUCCAUGGAGAUCAUUCAGAGGCUUCAGAAAAACCUAAAAAUCCUCAACCAAUCCAUGACCAGGGUUUCCAGUCGCUCUGAAAUGUUAGGAGCUAUUCACCAGGAGAAUCGUAUCGGCAAAGCGGUAGAGGUGAUGAUUCAGCAUGUGGAGAACCUGAGGAGGACGUACACUAAGGAGCAUGCCGAGCUUCUGGAGCUGAGAGAAGCUCUCAUGCAGAAUGAGAGGUCCUUUGGAUCACAAACAGAAAAAGAUGACUUCCGUGGCAAGAAGCAGUCAGCGCAGUACUACAAGUCGUCAGCCAGGCGAGUCAGCAUAGCAGGGAUUCCCCGCGCUGGUGGCACCAACAUGCACUUUGACAUUGCCAAAACACAGGAUGGCACUGAGACUGAAGCUGAAAGACUGACUAGACGAUCCCCAUGGAAUGUGGCUGGGAAGAGUGUGACACGUCCCCCACUAAAACGGUUUGUUAGCUCUGCGGCCUGGGUUGACACUGAAGAGCCAGCUGUCAUGAUGAAGGGGACAACCUGCAGCAGCACAAACUGCCAGUCGGACGAAGAGCGGGAGGAGGAGACUGUGGUAGAGAGGAGGCGGUCCAGUCUCAGUGAGCUGGGCAGCAAAAUCACCUCCCUUAUUCUGCCCCUAAAGACUCCAAGUCCUUCAUCUAGCCCCUCAUCUACAGAUCCAGGAACAGCCCAGUCUCUGUCCCAUAGUGUGAUUAGUUCCCGAGGAACAACUGCAGCCGUAGCCAGAGGAAGCAGGGGGCUCUGGCUCUGGUUGGCCAUUGUGGUUGUGCUAGCAGGUCUCCUGGCACUGCUGGCUAGCCUGGUGAUGCAACCAGCAGUAGAUGCAGCGCCUGUGGGGACAGGGGACUCCUGGAUGACCAUCCAGCAGCUGCUGUGGCCAUACACAGGGCUUCGCCAUAACGGGCAGCCCCCUGUUUAACCCAAGUCCAGUAGGGAGGAUGGUGCUACCGCCCAUCAGCUCUCUGCAGAGUGCCUGUGCAUUGGGUUGGUGAUUGGGGGCGCGGGGUUGAGGGAGAUGUAAUAAUCCUGAGCAGAGGCUGUUGGGAUGUUUACUGGUGCCUGAAAACAAGACUUGUAUUGACAGCACGGGCCAGGCUUUGGGGUAUAGUUAACCCUGUUGAGGAUUUUAUGCAUCACAUCAUGUUUGCUGAAUUAGUUAGUCUGUGUGUAUGCAUGUGUCUGUGUUUACAAGAAAAAGCAGUUGAACAGGUGAUGGUAACCAGUGUCAAAGUGUGACGCUGUCAGGCCUGCUGGUAACGGUUUACCUGGAUUUACCACAACCUGUCAAAUCAGGAUUGGUCAUCAAAGCUGACACAAUGCUGACCAAUCAUGUCACCACUGUGUUAGAAUAAUGGCACUGCUGGUUUUUCAGUGGGUCCCUUCAGACUGCUACACAGCUUUAUAACACAUUUCAGUUACCUGAGGAUACAGGGGUCUGUCAGCCUUUCUAAUAGAAUUUUAAACUCAGUGAUUAAAGUGGCUGUUUUGUAACUUAAAGUCUGUAAACACUGGUAAGAAAACUGUAAUUUCUGUUUCAGAAAUCUAUAUUUAUGAUUUUUGUUAGCUUUGUGUAAAAAGUUGUAUCUUUAUUUUUAAAAACUGUUACAGUCCGAAGUUUUAAACACGCAUUUCUAUUCAGGUGUGUCCAAACUUUAGACCGGUAUUGUGAAAUUGUACUUGUUUUAGUUUUAAAACCAAAGUCUUUUAUCUUUCUGUGGUUGUCACAGUUUUCAGUGUCAUACACUUUUGUAUGCUCCAAAGAUGAUGUGUGGAUUUUUGCACCAAUAAAGUAGCCUAUUCUAA